UGAUGGGAGAUGUGUUUUUUUUCUCUCGGUUCUGAAGCUGGGCCUGUGAGCGCCCUAAUGCUGCGGAACGCCUCGGGUUCCGUUUGCAGCACUGCAGUUCUUUGGGCCGACGCAUCAGCCCAGCCGGUUUGGUGUCAUCUCCUUUCCCUUCGGGAGCCGCAGACAAAGGGCAGCCCGGGCUGUGCGCUCAGCAGCGCUGAUGCUCCCAACCGAGCACUGCUUUCGACUCCAUGUGGUAUUUUUUAGCCUUACAAUGAAGGCCUCGUGCUGCUGUACUUGCUGUACGUGGCUGCAGUGCAGCUGUCAGCCUCCGAGCUGCUCUGCUUGCUGACGCUGAGAAGUGUGGGAUUUUGACUGUUCAAAAUGAAUGAACAUCCUAAGAAGAGGAAACGGAAGACACAGCACCCUUCUCGAUAUUCAGAUUCUUCAGGUGCCCCUAAAUAUAUAGACAAUAGUGGGAUUUUUUCUGACCACUGCUACAGUGUUUGUUCUAUGAAACAACCAGACAUAAAGUAUUCUGAAAACAGAGGUAGAUACCAUAGUCCGGUGCAGAGCAUAGACACAGAUGAUGACGGGAGUCCAGUGCAUGCUGGGACUUCUCAGUGGAGUGGGUCACAUUCAAACGUAGGGUUGCACUAUACAGACCCUAAAAAGAAGGAUAAAGAUAAAGCUGCUAAUAAUGGAAUGUGCAAAGACGUAUGUGACUCACCUAUAUUCAGUGACAGCCCUACAGAAGAAGAAAAACCUCUUGAUAUUCAAACUGUAGAAAUUUCUACAACAGAAGUUAAUGCUGUAGAAGUCCAUGAUAUAGAAACACAAACUGUGUCACCUGAGAAGCUAGAAGCUGAGGACCUAGAGGAGAUCCCUCUUGAAACCUGUAAAAUCUUUGAGAAGAACCAGGCUUUGAAUAUCACAGCUCAGCAGAAAUGGCCUUUGCUGAGAGCCAACAGCAGCGGCCUGUACAAGUGUGAGCUCUGUGAGUUUAACAGCAAGUACUUCUCUGAUUUAAAGCAGCACAUGAUCCUGAAGCAUAAGACGUGUGCGGACACUCAUGUCUGUAAAGUUUGUAAAGAAAACUUCUCCAGCAAAGUGCAGCUCAUUGAACAUGUGAAACUGCACGAGGAGGACCCAUACAUCUGUAAAUACUGUGAUUACAAAACGGUGAUAUUUGAGAAUCUGAGUCAGCACAUAGCAGACACUCACUUCAAUGACCACCUUUAUUGGUGCGAGCAGUGCGAUAUGCAGUUCUCCUCCAGCAGCGAGCUGUACCUGCACUUCCAGGAACACAGCUGUGACGAGCAGUAUUUGUGUCAAUUCUGUGAGCAUGAAACAAACGAUCCAGAAGAUCUGCACAGCCACGUGGUGAAUGAACACGCGUGCCGACUGAUAGAGCUCAGCGACAGCUAUCAUAACAAGGAGCGUGGACAGUACAGCCUCAUAAACAAAAUCAGUUUUGACAAAUGCAAAAACUUCUUUGUAUGCCAAGUGUGUGGCUUUAGGAGCAGGCUGCAUACAAACGUCAACAGGCACGUAGCUAUUGAACACACCAAAAUAUUCCCUCAUGUUUGUGAUGACUGUGGAAAGGGCUUUUCAGGUAUGUUGGAGUAUUGCAAGCAUUUAAGCUCUCAUUUAUCUGAAGGGAUUUAUUUGUGUCAGUACUGUGAGUAUUCAACAGGACAGAUUGAAGACCUUAAAACCCAUUUGGAUUUCAGGCAUUCCACAGACUUGCCACAUAAAUGUACUGAUUGUUUAAUGAGAUUUGGAAAUGAAAAAGAUCUUCUAAGUCAUCUUCAGAUACAUGAGACAGCUUGAUUAUUUUCUUUCCCUGCAAUAAGCUUGUUAGGAUUGGAAUUAAAAACACAAUAUUAAAUACAGUUUUAAUAGCACUUGUACAAUUAUAAUGUUUUUAUGUCAACGAA